AUGACUUGUGGUCAUCGUGCUGCUUUAUCACUGAAACGAUUUUACCGGUACGUAGAUGUUGCGCAGAACGACAAAAAGCAAUAUCUGGUGUCUUUGGAUGGUCGGCGCAUUAAGACUCCGUUGGGUAACCUGUUUACAGUUGCUUCUGAACCGCUAGCGUUGGCGGUCAUGCAGGAGUGGGACUCACAAAUGUUUCGUGUCGACAUGAAUCGAAUGCACCUGACCAGUCUUUGCAUAACGGCCAUCGAUAAUGUUGCGAAUCAAACUACUGACAAUAUCGUCGACGAGAUUCUAAAGUUCUUCGACAACGAUACGUUGUUUUUUAUGUGCCUCCGGCCUGAAGGACUCAGUGAGCUGCAGAAGUGGCGAUGGGGAACCAUGAUCGAUUGGGCAAAGGUAAUCAUAAAUGUUCAUGCUGAUUAUGAUACUAUUAUGCGUUACUUCUCAGCGUACGGAUUCGACGCGCUCAUCGGCUGCAGCUAUGCGGCAGAGGUUCUCAAAAGCGUGUUGUUGCUGUUGGCAUUGAUGGAGGGCCGCAUCACCGUCGAAGAGGCUGUCGACUUGACCACUUUGGAACAGCAAUUCCAGAUGAAGACGUGGGGACGUGUCGAAUGGGCGCAUGACGUCGAGUUCCACGAAAUGUGCAGUCGCUUGGGAGCCGCCAUGACUUUCAUCUACUUUAGCACAAAUUCGCAGUCCACCUCCAAGGUCAGCACGGACACCAAGCUCGAAUGA